AUGGCCUCAAGAAUGGAGAUGGCGGCUCGAUUAGACGAUAACAGGAAACUAUUACGCCUUUUUGAUAAAGCAACUGUAACUCGAGGAACAAUUAGUGAAAUGCUAAAGGAUAGCAAUGGCGUGCCAGUCAAGAAUAUUAAGAACCGCCUCAUAAAAUGGAAAAAAUUCUUUGAGGCCAAACUUAACCAUGAAAAGCUAUCUGUUGCUCCUGAUAUCGCUGAUACGUUUGCCGAAACCAUGAGCAGCCAAGUCAAGAAGAAAUAG